AUGAACACGGACAAGAGAACGGCUGGCGAGCUCGCCACCCUAUACGCCGCGCAAAUCAAGAGAAAGAUCAUCCUGACGACCGGCGUGUCCCCCGGUGGUGUGGGUGCCGCCUUCGUCAAGGCACUUGCGACGGCCGAGCCCGCACUGCUCGUCCUUGCUGGCCGCAACCCCGGCAAGGUCCAGCAGACUGUCGAAGCUAUCUCGGAGCAAGGCUCCAGCGUGAAAGUCCGCACUCUGGACCUCGACCUCGCCUCGCUGGAAGGUGUCCGCAAGGCCGCGGCAACGGUAAACGCCUGGGACGAUGUGCCCCGGAUAGACGUCCUCGUGAACAAUGCCGCGGUGAUGGCCGUCGACUGGGCGGCCUCGCCCGAGGGACUGGAUAGGCAGUUCGUCACGAACUAUCUGGGUCCUUUCCUCUUCACCAACCUCCUCAUGGACAAGCUGCUCAAGUCGCCUGCUCCCCGCAUCGUCAACGUGACCAGUGACGGUCAUCGUCUGGGCCCGGUCCGGUUCGAUGAUUACAACUUCCAAGACGGCAAGAAUUACAACAAGUGGCAGAGCUACGGCCAGUCCAAGACGGCAGUCAUGCUGAUGGCCAUUUCGCUGGCUGAGAAGCUCGGCGCCCGGAACAAGCUGACGGCGCUCAGCGUUCACCCAGGGCUCGUCAUGAGCAACCUCGGCAGCCACCUCAAGCUGUACGGCGAGUCCAACCAAGACUUCGUCUCAAUGAUGGACCUCGAUCGCCUUCUUGGCAACGCACCCGCCUUUAUCGAUUGGUCUAAGGUCUCCUUGAUGCCUGAUCCUCCCGAAGUCGGUGCCAACACCCUCGUGUACGGUGCCUUUGACCCGGAAGUUUCGAAGCACAACGGGGGCUACCUUCUUAGCUGCCGUCUGGCCGAUCCCUGGACCGACACCGUGAGGCCCUGGGCUACCAGUUCUUUCGAAGCGGCGAGGCUUUGGAAGCUUUCGGAGAAGCUGCUGGGUCAGGGGUUCUCCUUCUAA